AUGCUUCUCCAAGGUUUCAGGGUACAACUUAUUUCACUGCUCUGCAGUGUUCGUGCUGCAUUGGUAGUUGCGCAGGCUCUUACCGCAGCUACAAGCGUCGCCUCGAACGCUUCUAGUAGUGCAAGUACCGUCAUUGUCACCACUCCUAGAGCCGCGGGCAGCGACACAUUGUCAACAGCGCCCAGUACCCUGCUUCAGUCACCUAGCUUCAUCAGUAGUGUCACCACAUCGAGCGCUCGGUCAUCACUUGCCACUUUUACUACCAGUACAACUACGCCUAGCACUCAGUCGCCUUUCUCUACCCUUACCAGUGGCACAUCUACCUCCAGCAGGACUCCUACUAGCCCUACGACGAGCGGCCCUUCCUCGGCUCCAACUAUUGUCAAACUCGACUGUGAAUCGGAGAAUGUAUGUUGUGUGGCUCACUAUUACCCAGGUGGCCAAGACAUUCCCGACCUGGUUUGCUACGGUGAUGGGACAAGGUUUGACAAAAGCGAGUUCAAGUUUGAGACAUUCUGCGAAGCCAACAAGGUCAGCGUUUGGUGCUGCAGGAACUCAAAGAGCAGCCCUGGGAGGAAUGACUGUCCUACCAUCAAUUUUGUCCCACCUGGAGGUCAGGGUCAAAUUGCAUAA